GUUCUAACAGGUACAGGUACCUACCCCUGGGUCCAAUACAUUGAUGACAGUUAUGUAACCAGCCUACCUCAGCUUCACAUUUCAUGAUAGUGGCUCUGCUGAACUUGCCUUUUGAUUGUGUUAUUUUUGCUAUAAUGAAACUAUAAAUAUUUCAUUUAAUCAUAAAAAGUGGUUAUAAUAACAUAUAAGUGAAAAUGGAUGACGGAUUAGCAUUCUGUUGGCAAAAUGUCUCGCUUUAUAUGACAAUAAAAAAGAAGAAACUCUUUGGAAAGACAGAAACAAGAAGAUUAAAAUUAUUGAAUAAUGUGAGCGGUAUUGUUAAAUCAGGAUGCAUUUCUGCUGUCAUGGGGCCAAGUGGAGCUGGAAAAACUACUCUUCUUGCUGCAUUAAGCCAAAGAUCCAAAGGUACUCUUAAAGGUGAAGUUCAUCUCAAUGGUCGACCAGUAGACAAGGAGUUAAUGUUGAAAAUGUGCGGAUUUGUACCUCAACGUGAUUUAGCCAUUGAGACGCUGACUGUCAGAGAGCACUUAAAUUUCAUGGCAACAUUAAAAAUGGAUAGAAGAGUUUCUGCUUCUCAAAGAAACAGAAUAGUUCAUUCAUUGAUACAGGAUCUCGGUCUGUCCAAUUGUGUGAAUAGCAGACUUUGUAAUCUUUCUGGUGGCGAACGACGACGUGUUAGUCUUUCUGUUCAGUUGAUCACAGAUCCUCCAUUACUGAUCUGCGACGAACCUACAACUGGUCUUGACAGUUAUACUGCUGCUUCAGUUGUUACACUUCUUCGUCAACUUGCAGCAAGAGGAAAAGCCAUUCUGGCAUCAAUCCAUCAACCAGCAUCAGGAAUAUUUGAGUUGUUUGAUACAGUUUCCUUGCUUGUUCCUGGCGGGCGUCUUGCCUACUUUGGAGAAGUUAAUGAUGCAAAAAAAUAUUUUUCACAAAUGGGCCUUUCUUGUCCAGCAUCAUACAACACUGCAGAAUUUGUUUUGACACAACUGAAUACCAUUCCAGAUAAACUUUGUGAGAAAUAUGUCACUACUAAUACUUUCAUCCAGCUCCAUAAGGAUAUUGAAUAUGUUAAAAAAAAUACCAUGAACGUUAAUCUUGUAUUCGGAAUGGAAGAGAAGUUCCUGAAAUUUUAUUCAGUACAACCUGCUUCUCUUCUAACCCAACUGAAGUGGCUAUUUUGGAGAUCUGCUAUAGACUUAUACAGAGAUUCACACAAAGCUUUUCUUCGCCUCUUCAUGUAUAUAUGCACUGGAAUACUUGUCUCAUCACCUUAUAUGGGAACAGAAAUUAAUCAAGAAGGUAUUCAGAAUCUUCAAGGUCUGCAUUAUUCUGUAAUCACUGAAACAGUUUUUUCGCAUUCAUAUGGUGUGAUGCACACCUUCCCAAUUGAGAUUCCUGUAUUGCUUAGAGAAGUUCGAGAUGGGGUGUAUAGACCAUUUUCUUACUAUUUAGCUAAAAUAUUUUUCCUAAUUCCUAGGACCAUUUUGGAAACUAUGUUCUUUUGUUGGGUAGUGUUCAUGAUUGCAGGAGUAAAUGAUAGCGUGGAAGGAUAUUUUAAUCUAUGUCUUCCUGUAAUUGCUUGUGCCAUUUGUUCUACUGCUUAUGGAUAUUGUAUUUCAGCAAUGUUUGAAAGUAUAAGUAUGGGGUCUUUACUCUCUGUCCCAAUUGAUUUUCUAUCAUACACUUUCAGUGGUAUCUUCUUACAGUUAAGUACUGUGCCAGUGUAUUUAUCUUGGGUAAAAUACAUAUCUCGAUUUUAUUACGGAUUAGAAGCCCUCUCUAUAGUUCACUGGAAGGGGGUGAAAGAUAUCCCUUGUUCUCCUAAUAAGGAUUUACCUUGCAUAUCCAGUGGAGAAGAAGUUCUGCGUCAAUACGGUUACCAUAGUUCAAAUAUAAGUAUGGACAUGAUUGGUCUUUUUGUUUUAUUUUUUUGUUUACAUGUGAUUGGAUACAUUUUUAUCAGAAAGAGGAGCAAGAAAUGCAGUGCUUAUUAAUAUAUUUGAAUAAAUGAAUAUUUAUGUACAGAUUAUGUAAAUUAUAUCUUGUAAGAAUGGAAACUUUUAAUUUUAAUUUUAAAAAAUAAGUUACUAAUUUAUGGCAAUCUAUAAAGAUCAAUAAAAUACAUGAAAAUGUAAGGCCAACAGGGAAUAUCAAUACAUUAUGUUAUAUUUUAUUGUAAAGUGUUAUAAACCCAUAAUUUUUCAAUAAAGGAAUUUUCCUUUUUAUGAA